ACCGAAUUUUGUGGUUCAGACGACAACUGAAAGCAAAAUAAUUGAGGAUUUUUUUUUCCACUUGUCGUGUAAUAGUUUUAUAUUUUUUCUAAUUGGAGAUAAGGAAACGCAACAAUGACUUCUCAAAUCCUGUCUCCUCGUGUGGCACAAAUUACUGAUAAUUAUUGGAGGUGGAGAGUUAAUGACCUGCCGGAGUUUGCCUCUUUUGUUGGCAUUCACAACCAAGAUGAGAAACUGGACGACCUUUCUCUCACAGCACACCAAGCUCGGUACAGACAGUGCCAGGCAUUUCUGGAGGAGGCGAAAGCUGUUCGGAGCGGCCUGACUAAGCACGUUGAUGUCAUUAAUGUCAAGGCUCUGAUAGCCGAGUUGGAGACGUAUAUUGAAGGUUUUCGGUAUAAAGGAUACCUGCUCCCCCUCUGCACCAUGGAAGGGAUACAUGUGGACUUUCAGCGGCUUAUAUCGUGGAUGGGUCUCGAGAAACUUGAAGACUACGAGAACUUGCUCUCUCGGUACAGGUUCCUCCCACAGCAACUCGCCCAGGUUGAGGAGUUGAUGUUGCAAGGGAUGUCCGAGGGUAUUGUUCACCACGCUAUUUCUAUGAAAGGAGUAGCAAAAAGCUUAAGGUCCUUCGUUGUGGAAAAGGAUGAAGAUUCGCCAUUGUGGAAACCCUUCCUGCAUAUGCCUGAUGCAGUUGCAGAUGAAGACAAGAGGAAGGCAUUGCAAGAGAAGGCUAGGAGGAUUAUAAAAGAGCAGAUAUCACCAGCAUUUGAGAAAUUGCAAUAUUUUGUGAGUAAUAAUUACAAGACGCGUCCAGACAUCGCAGUCACUACUUUGCCCGACGGAGAAAAUCGUUACAAGCAACUCCUGAAAUUCCACACUUUAACAGAUUACAGUGCCAAGGAAAUCCAUCAAAUUGGACUGAGUGAAGUAGAACGCAUUGAAGGCAAAAUGGAAGAGGUGGUCAAGGCACUGGGAUACAACAUUCCAGUCCAAGAGUUUUCUUCCCUCCUCCGAGACGACCCUAAGCAGUACUUCUCAAAUGCAGACGACUUGCUUGCCGCCUUCAGAGUCAUGGCGAAGGAGAUUGAGCCAAAGAUGCUCGGACUCUUUGCUGAGCUUUCAAAGAUAGAACUGGAGAUCGAAGGCGACCCAAAUCCAAACAAAAUUGGAGCUUUUUACGAGGCGGGCUCGUACGAUGGGACACGGGGGGGGAUUUUCCAAGUCGGCAUACAUCACUUCGACACAGUACCGAAGUAUGGCAUGAUGACCCUUUCCCUCCACGAAGGCAACCCGGGGCACCACUAUCACCGCUCGUACUGCCGCAGUUCAGCCUCCAUGCCCUUCUUCAGGCGGGUGAUGGAGGACCGCAACUAUGGCCAGUCGCCUUCGAGAUUCCCCAUGAACACAGCCUAUGGGGAGGGCUGGGCUUUGUAUGCAGAAGAGCUGGGCUUUGAUAUGGGACUCUAUGACGAUCUGUAUGACAGAUACGGUCACUACUCUGCUGAGAUAUUCCGCGCAAGACGUUUAGUGGUUGACACUGGCUUACAUGCAUUAGGCUGGACGAGAGAGAAGGCGAUUGACUACAUGUACUGCCAUACUGCUAUGACAAAGACACAGAUAGAGAAAGAGGUUGACCGAUACAUCACAUGGCCAGGCCAGGCUUUAGCAUACAAAAUGGGCCAGCUGAAGAUCUCACAGCUGAGAGACAAAGCCCAAAAGGAACUCGGUGACAAAUUCUGCAUCAAGACCUUUCACAUCAUUGUCAUGGAGUCGACUGGACCUCUAAGCCUUUUGGAAGAGGAAGUCAACAAGUGGAUUGCAGGCGAAACCCAUUAUGCAGAGGGCAGCUAGACUUGGUGUUGGAUAUGUGUAUUAACUUGAGGUUCCCUUUAUUUGUCACUAAUGUAUAACAGAAAAGCAAGAUAAGUAUUAGAUGGACAAACAUCAAGAGAUAAGAGCUAUUAACAUUGAAUUAUAAUGUGUAUGACCCUUUGAACCAUCCAGUCAAUUUGCAGAUGUGUAAUGAAAAUUAUUAUCCUGUGAUUCAAGUACAUUUUUGACACUAAACUUGGUAGGUGGUUGGAUAUCAAGCAUGACCUAAAGUCACAAGAAAGAGAUGGUAUUCAUCCUCUAGUGUCUACUGGCACAGUUUCAUUUACUUAUUGUACCUUUUCUGCUGCAUCAACAUCAAAGGUCAUUAACAGCAUAUUUAGAAUAUAGUAAUAGGGUGGGGCUUGGGGGCAAAGCCACCAGGUAAGGAAGGAUUGUUGUUUCAUAAGGCAUCCCUAUAUUGGGCCUCAGUCUCCAUUUCCUAAGCCCCCCCCACAUCAAUAUUGAGCAAGGGAUUGGGGCUUCCAGGAUAAGUUUGUGCAAGCAGUGGCACCAUAGCUUGCUUUCUUUCUUCUUCUCCUUCUGAAUAAUUUAUGGUUUCCUUCCAUAAAACCUGAGCAGGAUAAUGGAGGACACAAAGGGAAUCUGUAUGUAUGGGGUGUUGGGUGUCAAGGUGUCAGGCAUGCUUGUUUGGGUGCAAGGCUAUGUGCAUAGAUUUGAGUUGGGCCCAGAAUCACGUUUUUGAAUACCGAUAUCUCCCAUUGUGUUUCUAUGCAUUGUUAGUGAAGAAAAGUAUUUUUUGUUUGGGAAGGUUUAUAUGGGGCUAGAUUUUAUAUGUAAAUAUCUAUCUAAAGUUAAAUUUUAAAUAUAUUAAUGGCAUUGAUUCUAUUGAACAGAUUGUGAUAAUAUAAAAAAAAAAGGUACGAGAAAGAACUGAUAUACAGUACAAGAGUCAUUAUAGACAUUUCAUUUGAAUUACUUUUCUGACGAAGAUUUAAUAAAAAAUACUUUGGUUAAAUCUCGUGUUCAGAAAUUAUUUUGUCUCAUUCAAAGCCCUUUUCAGCAUUUGCUUGUUUCCUCCUUUGAGCAUCUGGGGGGUAAUUCCUGUUAAAGACUGCACUUGAAUGAAUCUGUAAGUUAAAAUUGAUGGUAACCGUGUCAUUUGCUGCCGCUGCUUGUUUUUAUGUCUGUUUUUGUUUUUUCUUUUUUUCAUAAAACACAAGUUGUAUGUUCUAAGAUUAGAGUUUGUGAUUUUAAUAAAUAUAUAUAUAUAUA